CUAUAAAUAGCUGGACAAUGCACCCCAACUUUAAUCCAAUGAUUGAGAACUUGUGGAAUUCCUUUGAAAUUGAAGGAUAUUGGGGGUUUAAAUGUAAAGAAAAGGUCAAAAAGCUUAGGCAGCACUUGAAGACAUGGAACAAGGAAGUAUUUGGCAAUAUUGACAGCCAACUUGAAGAGGCACUGAAGAAAAUUGAGAUAGUCGAUGUUAGAUGUGAAGAUCAAGAUCCUUCAGAUGAUGAUAUUCUCAAAAGAAAAGAUGGAUUUGCAGAGUUAUGGGUUUGCCUUAAGAAGAAAGAAAGUCUAUGGCGAAAAAAAUCUAGGGCAACCUGGAUCAAGGAAAGGGAUGCAAAUACUGGCUUUUUCCAUAGGAUUAUUAAUGGUAGGAGAAAGAAGAAUAUGCUCUGGAGAUUGACAACCAUGGCUCCUGGAUUGAUGAGCCCAUAUGAUGAGAUCAGAGAUGCUGUUUUUUCUUGUGCAAGUGACAAAGCUCCAGGGCCUGAUGGUCUUAACUUUCAUUUUAUCAAGACGAUCUGGAAUACAAUUGAAAGAGAUGUUAUCAACUUCAUCAAAGAGUUCCAUCGAAAUGGGAAACUAGUUAAGGGCCUAAAUUCAUCUUAUAUUACGCUAGUCCCUAAAAAGAAAAAUCCCACAUCCUUGAAGGAAUUCAGGCCGAUCAGCAUGGUUGGGUGCUUAUACAAAAUCCUAGCUAAGGUACUUGCUAAUAGACUUCAGAAGGUAAUUGGUAAGGUGAUAAGUGCAAGUCAAUCUGCUUUUCUAAAAGGAAGGCAACUUGUUGACAAUGUUUUAACUAGAAAUGAGCUUGUGCAUGACAUGAAAAGUAGGAGAAAAAAGGGUAUUAUCUUUAAAGCAGACUUUGAAAAGGCUUUUGAUUCUGUUGAUUGGGGCUAUUUGGAUACAAUUCACCAUCUACUUGGCUUCGGUGAGAAAUGGCGAAGUUGGAUCAAAGAAUGCUUAUCGUCUGCCUCUGUCUCUGUUCUUGUCAAUGGAAGUCCAACACAAGAAUUCAAGAUGCAGAGAGGACUAAGGCAAGGUGACCCUCUUUCUCCAUACUUAUUCCUUAUUGCUGCUGAAGGCUUGCAUGCUCUUCUCCUUGAGGCAGAAAUGAAAGAUAUGUUUAAAGGGGUGAAGGUUGAUGAGAAUACUUUAGUUUCUCACCUUCAGUUUGCUGAUGAUACUGCUCUCCUUUGUGAGGCUUCUACUAAUUCAGUUUGGACUAUCAAAUGUGCAUUGCGAUGGUUUGAGAUUAUGUCUGGGCUCAGAAUUAAUUUCAAUAAAAGCAUUUUGUAUGGGAUUAAUGUGGAUGAGCAAUGGCUUAGCAUGGCAGCCUUGGCCUUGAAUUGUAAAGUUGGGAAAUUACCAUUUAUUUACCUUGGGCUUCCUGUUGGUGUUGCUGAUUUGAAACCAACCAAUAGCGAGAGCUGGAAUCUCCAAUGGCGUAGAUCCCCUUUUGGAAGAGAGCUGGAUGAACUCAAGAUAUUGGAGGACACUUUGCGAAGUGCUACUAUAUUCGAAGGCAAAGCAGAUAGAAAAAUUUGGAAGCACUAUCCCUCAUGAUAUUCUACAAAAAUGGCAUACUUGUUUCUUGAUGUGUCUCCUUCCUGCCUUGAUGAGAACAUUUGCAAAUUGAUAUGGAAUCAACUGAUGCCAGCUAAAGUUAGUGUCUUCACCUGGCGCCUCUGCUUAAAUCGCCUCCCUACCAAGGAUAACCUCAUACAGCGUGGUGUUGAUUUAGUAUCAAACCCAUCAUGUGUCCUAUGUGGUAGUUAUAUGGAAGAUGCAAACCAUGUUUUUGCAAAGUGCAAAUUUUCUCAAAGCCUUUGGAACCAUAUAUGCUGCUGGUGGGGACUUCAAUUCAUCCAUACUGACCACAUCUCCCAUCUACUUCUACAGCUUUGCUUGCUUCCAAUCCCAAAGAAGGCAAGCCACCAUUGGGCUCUUACCAUCUUUACAACAGCUUAGGCUAUUUGGUACUCCAGAAAUGGUAUUGUUUUCAACAAACUUUCUUGGGAUGA